CACUGGCGCUGGAGGACUCGAUCCGUGCGAACGUCGGCGAGGCAGCGCGGAGAUGCCGCGUAAACAGCAACGGCACAAUCCGACCACGGGCUUUAUGGGUGCGAUGCUUUAAUGUCCGAAGCGGAACGACGUGGUCACUGAGGCUGUUCGGCGCGUUUACCGGCCUCCUAGGGUGAGGUGAGGCAUUGCAGCUUCCCUCCAUCAUUGCACCACAGCGCUGACGUGAGUGAAGCUCGGUGCCGACGUGAGAGCCCAGCUGCAGUGGCGGGUCAGUGUGCGGCUCCAGAACAUGGCGUCACCCUUCGUGCCCGUCCCCGUGCCCAUGGACAGAGGCCUGUCAGGUGGCAGCAGCCAGCUCCGACGGCCCCAGCGGGCGUCGUCGCUGGGCAGCGUCUCUAGCAGCUCGGAGACCUCGUCCUACCUGAUCGCGGCGUCCGGGGAGGACCGCGGGGGAGUUUGCGCGGCGCCGUGUUCCCAGCGCCCGUCUCGCUGCAAAGACCGAGGCAACCGCAGCCGGACGCCGCCACCCACACAGAGCCCCGUCACUCGGGCCAGGGUCAACGGCGCUCUGGAGCCCUCGGUGGAAUACUCAAGCUGCCCUCGCUCUGUAUCCGAUCCUGCUGGGAGCCAGAGAGCUGAGGAGAGGCCCCUCACCCCUACUGUCCUGGGAUAUGAGGUCAUGGAGGAGAGGGCCAAGUUCACGGUGUACAAGAUCCUUGUCAGGAAGUCUCCCGAUAUGAACUGGGUUGUUUUUAGAAGAUAUGCAGACUUCUCCAGACUCAAUGAUAAGCUGAAGGAGACGUUUCCAGGCUUCCGCCUCUCUCUGCCUCCUAAGAGGUGGUUCAAAGACAACUAUGACACUGAUUUCCUGGAAGACAGACAACUGGGACUUCAGGCCUUUCUGCAAAACCUGAUUGCACACAAGGACAUUGCCAAUUGCCAAACUGUGAGAGAGUUUUUAUGUCUGGAUGACCCACCUGGGCCCUUUGAUAGCCUGGAGGAGAGCAGGGCGUUCUGCGAGACUCUGGAGGAGAGCAACUAUCGUCUCCAGAAGGAGCUGCUAGAGAAGCAGAAGGAGAUCGCCUCCCUGAAGAGGGUGCUGGAGGAGAAGGAGCGGGUCAUUCUGCAACUGAAGAAACAAAUGAAUGGUGAGUAUGUGAGCCCAGACUCUCCAUAUGGCCUGUCGACCCAGGGCAGUGAGAGCAGUGCUGAUGUAGACGUGGAGUCUUCCGCUGCAGAGGCUGAUCAGGACAUGCCCAGCGAUGUUGGCACCGCAGCCCCAGUCUGAAAGCGAUCUCCAUAGUACGUGAGUGGCAGGUGUGAGCUCCAGUUGGUGCGAUCCUCUGUCUGUUGGUGUGGGCCGGCGAUCAGUGCCUCUCCUCCAGUCAUCGAAGUGACCCAGCUUCAUUAUCAGAAACCGCAGCACUGACACCGAUGGCGGUCUCCUCCCCGAGGCUUCUUGGUGCCCUCUUUCCGCUAAAGCCCUCCACAUACUGUUAUGUUUUCCUCCUCCACACAUCACACCUUUGCUACCAGUCACCGUUUCUCCUUCUAGUCGGACCUGUGAUUAAAAGAAAAAAGAAGGCAACAGUCUGAUCACUGCAUGUUUUGAUGCCUAAUGACUGACUGACACUUAACCUUCAUUUCAGUUUGGGCAGACAUACAUUCCCUCAUGGAAAGAACAUUCAUGUGUUAAACUAAAGGCCUCAGGAUAAGCAGUGGUGAGCGGGUAGGUCUGACUCCCUUCUUCCACUUCGUUGUACUGCUGCUGACAUCACGGGUAUAGAUGGACCUCCUCUCUAAAGAAGCUUUUGUACUUUUAUGGGUCGAGCUUUCUCAUGGCUUUCUGUUAUCAACUUUAACUUAAAUUCCCCACAGAUCCUUCAUAUGUGUUUUUAGUGCCAUGUGUGAUUUGCGAUAAAACCGAGUCCUGGAAGAAACAGUCUGCAACACACUGUACCGGAAAAGAGCCCAGGAAAUUUCUCCUAUUGCUGAUCAGCAAGGAACACUUUUACGCAGUGCUCCUUAGUUUUCUGCUUAGGCAAUGAUUAUUUGCGCAUCCAGACUAAACUUGUGCGUUCACUAACAACACUCAACCUCUUCUGGCUACUUGCCUGUUAAUAGUGCACCUUGUAUCCUCGAAAAUGUUAUAAAUAUUGUGAUAUAAUAAUAAUAAUAAUUACUGGGGUGUCUCCACGUAAAUAUUUCAAAUGUCCCACUUGUUCCUUUCUGCCUCUAAUGUAAUACACUUUUGUUGUGUUUGUGGUGCUCAAAUAGAUUCAUAUCAGAUCGGAUACAUUUCAGAAACAUUUAAAAUAUGUUCUGGUAACUCAGGAUGGCUUUAGAAACUGCACUUUUAGUAGAUUUUGAGGGGUGUCCUGCAGAGUAUGGCUGUUAAAUAAGAAACGUGGACACAACAUUUCCAGCACAUAAAACCCACCUGCACUGUGAGCUGCCGUUACCAGUGAAGUAGCUGGUCCUGUUUAUUUCAGCUUCAGUCAGGGUGAGCAGAGGGACGCUUCUUAGUAUUGAACUGGUGCUAAUCUAAAAGGCCGAGACCCUAAGACUGGUUCAUGCUUUCACCAUUCAUGUGGGUCAGACAGAAAAGCCUUUGCCCAGGAUUUGAGAACUUGAAGCAAAGAUGCAGAAUCACAGUGCUUGUGACUUGUGAAUGUCCAGGCCUGUGUGCUGUACCACUGCGGAGACCGUUAACAUGCCUGCAUGUCCUUCCAAAAGCCAUAUUUUAAUACUCCAAUAACUCUUAAAAGGCAAAUGUGUCCAACGUGGGGGUGUUAUUGGCAUCCGUAGUUCUGGUUCAUGUCAGUGUCUAAUCGCAGCUGAUGAUAAAUGAUCCCAAAUCAGGCCUGGACAAAGGUUGUGUCAUGCACUUUAUGGAUACAUUGCGACAUGCUGUUUGCCUGCUAGUGUGUUUUUUUGUAGUACUUUAUCUGUUUGAGACAGAAAUGUGCCUUUUUAACCACUGACUGUCUUUAUUUUCCCCCACGGAUCCAGUGUCUUCAUGUUCUGUCCACAUUGUCUUCUGUCAAUUGGCUUCGCGCAUAAUUACAUGUAUAAUCAAUGAAAGAGGAAGUGCCUUGAA